GUGGAAUACUCUGACGUAGACACGGACAGGAUCACCAAGUGGGUGUGUGCGUUCACGCUUGCCAUCGCUAUAGCGUCCACGCUUGUGUAUCCGAUUACCAUAGCAAGCAACGAGAUACUCGCCGUGCUGAGGAAGUUUCCAAAGGACUAUCGGUGGUACUGGGACUGGUUGGAUAGAGAUCUCAUACUUGGCUACUGGUCCGGAGUGUCGCACCUGAGCAACCUGGUGCUGUUCAUGUUGAUCCCAUUCACGGUGUUCUAUAAGGAGGUAGAGCCCAGCCCAAGCUCUAUGUCUCGCCUACGCAAUGCCAACAGUCACUCGCUCUGUCCAGGGGUGAAUCGUGCGUGUAUGUCUCUGGCGUGCCUGUGGCUGUUGGUUGGGGGGUGGAUGUAUGUCUCGUUGUCGUGGAUGGGGAACUUGCCUAAGUCUACCUACAACAUGUUUGCCUACCUACCGUACCUGCAGUCAACCAUCAACUUUGUGGGCGCUCUGCUAUUCUUCAGGUGUGUGCGUUUGGUUGGCUGUGUAGAGGUGUGCUCGUGGUGGCUGUGA